UGUCAGUCCAAUCCAGUCAGCUUCAGACAAAAAACAAUUAGGACGACAAACUCCAGUCUGCGUUUUUCCACCAAUCCACACAGAGGAACCCAAACCAAAGGCACAGCUGCGCGUGCUACUUCUGCUCGGCGGAACACAAAGUUUCCGCCCAAAGCAAAAAACUUCAGAUACAAAAACUCAACAGUACUAAUGGUACCAGGGCUAGUAGGACACAGCAGCUCCUCUUCGAUGCAUAAAGAAGUUUCUGCUGAAAUGCAGAUAAGCCCUCAGCCCCCAACUCCACUGCUGUUCACUUCCCGCCUGUCAGAGGGGCGUUCCCACCAGAAACACUGAGGCUCCUCCCACUUUCCGGACUUCAGAGGGCAUUAUCAAAGGCAUUUUCUGUAGCAGCUGCAUGCCCCAUCCCACAGCCAUCAUGAAGGCGCUAACAACAGAUAAUAUCUAUGCGUACGCUCUGUCCAAGACACUGACAAGGGUCUCAUCUCCGACAACAGUGGGUCUCUACUCUUCUUGUCAGGAUCGACUGGAUGUGAUUCUCGAUCAAAUUGAAGUGUACACAAAUCGUGAGUGUUUAAGGAUUGAGCAGAAAUACAAGAACGGACGGAAAUCCAAGCCUUCAUUCCUGGCCCUCAUGUGGAGGUUGCUCUUCUGCACACUGGUCUGGACCCCGGAGAACCAGAACCACCAUAACGUCAGGUUCAUUUAUGUGAACUUCAGUGCUUGGCAUUUUGCAGGCAGUGACUUGCUAUGGGCUGGGAUAGCCAUGCGCUUGUUUCAUGCCAUGCAGAUGAGUUUUGGGAAACUGCAGCUUGCUCUUUACCGCGUUGCUCAGUACGAUGAAGAGGACGAAUUAAAGGAAAAGAUACGAGAUCCUAAAACACAACAAGAUGGCCCCAACAACUGGGUUUCCAAGAAGGUGUGCUGCUGCCCUCUGUGGUUUUUCAUCCUAUCCAUCCUCAUUGUCCCAACAGUCCUCCUUGUCGUCUUGUUUGUUUGGGGUCUUCCUAAAGCUGAAGUAAAACCAGAUGAGCAAGAGACCAAAGCGGACGGUGCGGUGGGUGUACUGGAGGGCUUCGUCAUUGCCUCAUUAGGAGUCCCAGCAGCGAGUGCUCUGAGGUUCAUCUUUCUGAUGGCCAAGAACCUCAUCUUCAGCCAGGAUCAGAACAUUAAGAGGGGAAUGGACAAUGAUCGGAUCAGCAGCCAACUGGGAUUCAUGAAUGAAGUCAGGAAGGAAAUUUGGUUUCUGACUCAAUUCAUUAAAUUCAUGGAGGUGUUUGAAAGGAAAAGGAUACGCAUCGUGUUGAAAAUUACUAACCUGGACCGUUGCUCCCCCAAGAAGAUUGUUGCAGUCCUGGAGGCCAUCAAUAUUUUACUUUCAGAUGAGGAGAGCCCAGUUCUUUCCAUCCUGGCUGUGAAUCCAAAUGUUCUGUUAGAAAAAGUACAAUUUGCAGAAAGCUGCUUCUGCAAAGAGGACAGAGCUCAUGCUCUCCUGAACCGCAUCGUCACCCUGGCCUUCACAGUCCCACCAAUGUGUGAAAAAGCAAAGCGCAGCUUAUUUUACAACCUUACCAACAGUUCGGGAAUCUCCAGAGAUCCUCCCUUAGGUAAGAGCGCACACAGGAGAAAGACAUCUUCAAUAGAUCUGCAAAUGGUGGAGAUUGAGGAACCAAAGGAGUCAAAUCCACUGAUCAACUCAAACACAGAGAUCCUGGAUGUGCAGGAAGACGAAUUGGAGAAAACAGUUUGGAAAAUCCUGAACAAUGGGGAAAAAAAGCUCAACAAGUACAUGUUAGAUGAUGCCAUUUCGAUGAAGAGGAUGAUCAACUCGGUCUGGGUAACUUUGAUCAUCAUGAAGGUCUUGAAAACUGAGCUUCCUGAUCCGGAACAUACAGCAGCGUGGGUGGUCCUAGCCAACCAAUGGCCAUGUCGAUUCAGCUGGAUCAUCCAGUGUGUGGAGGAUGAAAAGCAGAGAGCAGCUAUUGAUCAACGGAACACAAGCCCUGACGGUUCAAAGACCCUGUGGGAGGUCUUCAGCAGGUCCAGAGAGGAGCUAUACGUGAUGCGGGCACAUAUCGAGGACCUCCUGGAGCAGGACAGGGACCCCGAGGUGUUUGAAGCUUUACUCAAGGAUGAUGAGUUCGAGUUCACCCUAAAGAACCUGGAAAUCUUUCAGAUGGCAAUGGUGAAUCUGGAUCAGUCAAUCAAGAGGGAGCUGGCUCUUAUCAGAGGGACAUCCAGGCUGGAGGAUUCUGGCUGGAUGAGGAACAUAGCUCCACUUCCGAUCACAACUCUCCUCAAAAUGACCACUGAUGAUAUUUGUAAAGAGAUGGAAAGAAUGGAUUUGGAGAGAAAGUACAUCGAUGCAGUAAAAGACAAUAAACUCGAUGGCUCUUCUCUGGUCUUUGGUGAUGUAGAAGAUCUGAAAGCCCUCCUGGGCAUGACAUUUGGGGAAUGGGCAUCUUUUAAACUGCACUUUCUGAGUUUUGUCUCACCUUUCCGGUCACAGUCCAGGAACAUGCUGCCAUUAACUUCUAAGAACCAGCCAUCGAAGUUCCUUCAACACGCCGCUCAUUAUUACUCAUCUACUCCCAGUCUGUGUUAACAGCUGCAUGUCGGGUAGAAAUUAAGAAGUUCAAAGCUGUUGUUCUGCUGUUUGAGGUAAAAAUAUUCUUUGAACUUUUGGCUGGUUUUGUAUGACUUUAAUAAGCAGGCAGCACUGUGAUAUUUAGUUGUUGAAAUGUCAUGUUUUCAUUACAUCUCAGACGUAUGGUCCUGGUUUCAAGGAAAUUAGCUAAAAAUCAUUACUCACCCCAAGAAAAUAUUGAUUCAUAGCUGAACUGAAGCUUAAAUAUAGUAAUAGUCCAUUUGAUACUUUAUACAAAGUGUUUUACAAUAGAUGCUUGGAUUUUAAAGCAAUUACAGCUCAUUGCUUUUCUAGAGGGCCUCAUUUUAAGUCCUAAAAUAAAAUAAAGACUGCUUCCCAGUCUACUAUAACUGUUAACUUAAGGUGAGUCAUAUAAUAAUUCAGAACACCUUAUUCAUGAGUGAAACAGUCAGUUUUAAAUUUACUAAAGAGGUUAGCAACCUCAAUAAAGCAUUCUUUAUGUCAGGAGAAGUUAAUUAGUGAAGCAAUAUUUAUGUAUGAGCACAAGACAAUUAUACACCAAGUCUUCCCACAGCAUUAGUUGGAUACAAUCAGAGGAUUCUGUUUAUUAACCACAUCCUAUAUGGCAUUUCUAUUGCAUAUUUAACAGUUCAUAGAGAUAAGAAUUAAUGAUGAUUAAACUUAAAACGUUAGACAAAAUACUGGUAAUUUAUAAAAAUGAGAAUAAGAUUUAAGCAUUUUUAUUUUUAAACAAGUGGCUACAGUCCAGACCAUUAUUUCUGUUUUUUCUCAUGUUAAAUAAUGAAAAUUAUUUUAUUUUUAUUUUUUUUGCAAUGUUUUUAUCUUUCUGUGAAGCACUUUGGUCUCCCUGGUGUUGUUGUAAAGUUCUAUAUAAAUAAACUUUGAUUUGAAUUUGAUUUAAAAAUGGAUAUACUCCUAAUUCUUUAUUGAUUGUGAAUAAGGCAGCUCAACACAAUGCAUAAGGAGUAAAAAUGCAAUUCUUUAUUUCAUGCUAAUCAAAGGCAAACUGGUGAAUUAAAUGUAAACACAAAGUGUUCCACAGUAAAAUCCUCAUUUCAACAAAU